AUGGAGAAACUUGAAAUUUUUAUGGCCCUUAUGAUACUGAAUGGGAAUAACAGAAAGAUAUUUAUCGGUAGUGAAGUAUUCUAUAAGAUAGGAGAAAAUGUUAUUGAGGAGUAUCAAAAGGAAGGCUUUGCUGUGGUAAGAAGAAAAAAUUUCUUCAAGUUUAAGGCUGCCAAGGAGUUUGAUGGAAAAUAUUACCUCCUGACCAAGAAAAAGAUGUUAAUCUAUGAAGAUUUAUUUGAAGAACCAAUUCAUGAGAUCGAGGUUCUGAAUGAGGGAGUUUUUGAUUUUCAUAUACAUCAUGGACAAUUGUUCUAUCUCGCAAGGAGGAUGAAUAGAUGCUUAGGAAUUGAUGAAAACCAGGAGAUAUUAUUUGACUUCCAAACAGGAGUUUAUUUUUGGGAUGAAGCAUAUUUCUACAUAUGCAGUAAUAAAAACCUGAUUAGGUUUGACGUUGUAAAGAAAUGCAGUGAAGAAAUUCUUUGUGAUGUGAAUAUCAGAUGUCUUUCAGUUCGAAACGGUGUGAUUGCAUAUGCAGACGAUGCGAACAUUCUCUAUUUCUUGAAAGGAAAGACAAGUUUGUCAUAUCAUUACCACUCUCGGCCGAUUGUUAGAAUUAUAAUAACUUCACUUGAAAGCCUCUUGGUUGUAUGUGAAGAUAGAAAGCUUGUUAGGAUAGAGACCAGGAGAGACGAAAAAAUGUUUCUGACGGUAUUUGAAGGAUAUCCUGUGGAUUUUGUACAGGAUGGAUCUAACAUUUAUGUUCUAACAUCAUUCUGUGUGGUGGUAUAUGACUCUAAAGCAGGCCAUGUUAAAAAAGAGAUUUUUUCUCUUCCUAGCUUCGAGUACUGCAAACCUCUUGACGACUUUGAACAUAUUGAAGAAGAGAUGCCCGGGAAGGAAAUUUUUGAAUAUAAUGUGAAGAGAACUAAGGUCAAUAUACCCUAUGUGUUCAAGAGGGAAUGCCCUAGGGAGUCUUUGAAAAAUCUUAUAGUUGCAGUUAAAAAGAACUAUAUUUUCAUGUAUAGUCUUGAAGAAGGGGAUGUGGAAAGAAUAGCUUACCUUAAAGGGUCUAAUUGUUUUUAUUCAUCAGGACACAUUGUCAGAUUAUCAUAUGGAGGGAAAAAUAGAAAAACAACAGCAAACAUUUAUCGGAUAGAGGAUGACGGGUUGGUAUUCGUCCGAAAGUAUGAAAGCAUUGGAAUAUCGACUACCCCAGAAGAUGUCAUACUGGAUAGGGGAAGACUUUUUCUGCGCUUUGAUGGGGGUCUUAUUGAAGUAACAGGGCCAGGGAUUACAAAGCGCCUUAAAAACGAGAACAUUCGGCAGAUUGAGGAAACAAAAAGAGGAGUCUUCUUGCUUGAUCAAUGUGGAAUAUUCAGAGUAAGGUCCGGAGAAUGGAUACUGGAAGAUAAAGAUAUUACAUCUUUCAGGAUUUCUGAAGGAACACUAUUUAUAUCACUAGCUGGGAGUGGGAUAUUUAGCUUUGAAAUGAAAGAUGGAGCAAUUGAAGAAAAAUUGAUCAAUGAUACAAAUGUCAUGGAGGUUUUUGCAGAAAAAGAAACCAUAGUAACAUCUAGUCUUUGUGAAGGAGUCCCUAUCCUCAGUAGAUACAGAAAGAGUGGUGGAAGUUGGAAAAAAGACGGAGAGGUCUUUGCGGACAAGAAAAUGGGGAGAAUACUUUAUAGAAACGUUUAUCUUUCAAUAACAAAUAAGUUGCACAAGGUAGAAUUUGAGCAUAAUAGAGAUCUUCCCUGA